AUGGGCAACCUCAUUAGCAGACCUAGUUGUUUGGGGCAAAAGUCCAAACAUGUAAAGUCAGAUGAGAGCAUCUUGAAAAAGUGCUACCAGCAACGGAGAGAAUGGCCACUCCCGGAGCCUCCUAAAGAAGAGCCAAGGAAAGAAGAUGUGGAAGAAGUUCUCAGAGAAACUCCAACACCAGACAAGCAGAGGAGUUCCCCAGCCCCUACUGUCACCACUACCAGUACUUUGGACAAUGCCUGGCGGAGCACUCCGUCUCCAGUUAAAACUCAACGAAAUGGAUCUUUGCCCAGAAGUUCUAAUAUUCCAGAGUACAGAAGAUCACCCCUCAGUCAGUAUGGAUCUGUGGACAGGAGAGCCAGCCUUCAGAGAAGGGAUUCUGGAAGUCCCUGGUCCUGGAAGCCACUGAGCACUCGAGAGGUUACUGAAGUCACAGAGGUGACAGAGACUAUUGUGACAGAGAUUGUGGAGGUGACGGAGUAUCCUCUUGGGGGGAAGGGAGGAGACCCUAUUGUAACCAGAACAGUUAGAGUCCUUACUGGAGCUGCUGAGGAACUUGCAGAGCUGCAAAGUGAUGGUCAGUCAAGUUCGGAGCAGGAAUCAAGUCUAGAACAAUGGAAGGGUGCCAGAAGUUCGUUGGCUCUGAAAGAUGAGUUAAGAGAUCCGUUGGCAUUCCAGCAAAAUCUGGAAACAUUGAUGACAUGGGUUUGCGAAAUUGAAGAACUGACAGCCAAUCAAAAACCACCAUCCUCAGAGUUCAAGGUGGUGAAAGCCCAACUGCAAGAACAAAAGCUCCUACAGCGCCUACUAGAGGACAGGAGACCUAGUAUGGAGACAAUGAUGCAGGAAGGCCCAAACCUGGCAGACGGACUUCAGGGAGAUGACUGUGAAAAGACCAAACUCAAGCUUGCACAACUUAAACUCAAGUGGGAGGCUCUGGUUCAGAGUGCCAGUAGCAGGCAUACAAUUCUGGAGGUAAUUCUGCCAAGGGCUCAGCUAUUCCAGGAGAGAACAGACAGUCUUCAGCAAUGGCUCAUGUCUGUGGAUCAGGACCUAGCUGAGCUCCGCUCAACAGAGAGAAGGAUGAUCCAUCUGCAAGAAGCCACCGGACAGGCCAAGGCAGUCAUGGAUGCGAUGAAAGCAAAGAGUGUCGAUUUAGGGAAACUCCAACAGUGUGCUCAUGAGCUUAUGGAAAAUAUUUCAGAGGAGGAAACGCAGCUGGUGCAGGAGCGGGUAGACAGUCUGCGGGUCCGGUACUCUGUGUUGAGUCUGGGCAGUGCUGAUGUCCUGCAGAGGCUGGAACAGGCUCUCGAGGCAUCUAGUCGAUGUACCUCCAGUCAGGAGGACCUGCACCUGUGGCUGGGUCGCAUCGAGAGAGAACUGCUGGUCCCUGGUAACCAGGGCCAGACUGGAGACCCAGUAUUGUGUUCUGCUGAGAGACAGAAGCUGGAACAGGCUGUUGAAAAGGAGUUGUCUUGGUUCAGAGACACCUCACUGGCUCUGGAGAAGCUCAGUGCCAUUAAUCUAGACCCAGAUGUCAUCACAACCCAGCUCAAUGAGCAGAAAAUACUUGCUGUAGAGAUUCUGCAGCACAAAUUUAACAUUGAGAAAAUGGUGAAGAUUUUAGAACUCCUACAGAUGUACAGUGAGGAUGGGGAGAUUUUGAGUCUUCAGUCACACCUAGACACCUUACAGGAGCAGUGUCAGGUCGCUGCUGCCACUAAUUCCCAUGUUGUGUUUCAACUGGAACAUGCUCAGUCGCUCUUGUCUCAGUUCUCAGAGGGCUACGCUGAGGUGUUACCAUGGUUACAGGAAACCAAAGCACUAAUUGGCCAGUUUACCCUGAACACCAUCAGCUACGAGGCUUUCCGAGAACAACAGGACCUCUUGCAGUUUUUCAGUACAAAAAUCAUCAAUUGGUCACGGUGCUCUAUUCCCUCCAAACAGGGUGUCAGGGAGUCCAUAGCAGAGCAUAAGCCUCUGAUGGCACGCCUGAGCAUGCUGGCCAAGCGUCUGUCAGACCUGAAUCCAGAUCAGGGACUGGAGUUCUGCCAGAAAGCCAAAGACUCUGAAGAGCAGCACCUGGCCAUCAGAGACAAGGUUCGAGAGGUUGCUGGGGUACUGGAGGAGUCUCUGCCUCGCUACACACAGCUGAAUGAGAGGAUGACUCUGAUUGGAGAAAGACUGGGGCAUCUGUGCAGUCACCUCCAGGCCUCAGUGACUCUACAGAGCUUGACCCCACGAAUUCGGGAGCAGCUGCAGGACAACAAGCACACAUUGACUGAGCUCUCCAAACUGGAUCUGGACCUCAGCAGCGUGAGGACACAAGCUCAGGAGCUCCUAACCAAUACCAGGGCUGUUGGGGAAAGUUCCAUUGGCACAGCCAUUCAGGAGCGGGUGUGCAGUCUAUCAAGCCACUGGGAGGAGGCUCAGAGACAAGCUCAGGAGAGGGAGAAGUGGCUUCUCAAUGUUAUGGAUCUGGCAGUCAGGUUCUGGAAUGAUGUGAGUGACAUGACAUCUGGAUUGUAUGAUACACAGCAGGCUGUUCUGGACCUUAACUCCAGUCGAUCCGAUUCUGAGACCAUCCGACAGAGCCAAGAGACCAUGCAGACACUCAGGGAGGACAUUGACUCACUGCAAGGUGACCUGGACACAUUAGGAAUUCUAGGAAUGGAACUCAUGUCAGCUUGUGGUGACACAGACAAACCGGAGGUCACCAAAAGUUUAGAUGAGCUCUACUGCACGUGGAACAAUCUCAGUAAGAUCUGGACAGAGUGCAACAGUAAGUUAGAGGAAUAUUUGCGAAUGACUCUCCAUUAUCAGGACAGCAUGCAGGGUCUCUUUGAGUGGCUGAAGUCUGCAGAGUUGAAAUCCACUGAAGAGUUUUCAGUGGGUUCAGACCUGGGUUCAAUCAAAGAGCAGCUAUGUGACCUAAAGGAAUUUAAGCGAGAGCUCUAUCAGAAGAAGAUCGAGAUUGAGAGUCUAAACCAUCGUUUUGUGUGUCGUCUUUCUCCGGGCACUGAAAGGCCUGGAUCUAUCUCUCCCCUGUGUGACUUCCGCCAGCGAUGGGACAGCCUGGAGUCAGAGACUGUCAGCAGACAGCACCAGCUGGAGUGUGCACUGCUAGGAUUGGGUCAAUUCCAGAACACUCUAGAUGAGUUGCAUGCCUGGCUCUCCCACACGGCUGACCUAAUGCAGGCCUCUCAGCCAAACAGCAUCGACCUCCAGACCUGUGAGAUAGAGCUAGCCAAACACAAGGUUCUCAGUAAUGACGUGAUGUCCCAUGUGCACACGGUGGACUCUUUGAACCAGGCUGGCAGGAAUCUGCAGGAGUCCAGGGCUGGAGACAGCUCACAAGUCUUACAGACUUGUCUGGAAAAGCUGAAUGAACGCUGGGAAUUUGUGCGCUGUGAGACCGAGCGCAGACAGCUAGAGCUAGAAAAUAACCUCAGUCAGGUUCAGGAUGUAACCAUGGAGAUCCAAGAUAUCCUGCAGUGGCUGGAACACACAGACCUGAGGCUGUCGUCCAGUAAGACAGUGUGGGGUAUGCCAGACUCUGCCAACGAGAGACUGAAUGCUCACUUGGAUUUGUGUAAUGAGAUGGAUUCUAAAAUGCAUGCCUAUACAAAUGUACGCAACACCAUCAACAGGAUGCUUGAGGGCAGUGACGUGGCCCGGGGCUCCAGUACUGAGCACAGCUUAUGCAUACUGGAGCAGAAAUGGAGCUCUGUCUAUGCCAAAAUGCAAGAACGAAAGGCAAAGCUGACAGAGGGACUUGGUCUUGCUAAAGAGUUUAACAGUAAUGUCCAAGACCUGCUGACCAAAAUGGCCAAGUGUGAGGAGACCAUAACCACUUUACCUGCCCCCAGCUUCAUCCUGGACAUCAUCUCCUCACAGCUCCAGGAGCACAGGAUGCUGGUGAGUGAGGUGCAGUCUUAUGGUGACAGAAAGACGAGUAUGGAGAACGUUGCCACACGUCUGUCUGAACUCAGCAGGAAGGAUGACUGUGAUGUCAUGCAGAACCUGAUCAUAACCGUCCAGGACCGAUACAGAAAACUACUCCAACACACCUCAGAGAGAGGGAAAACACUGGAGGAUGUCAAAAGACAUGCCAAACAGUUCAGUGAAUUGUGGCAUCUCCUGGUGGACUGGAUGACAGAGGUAGAACAGACGCUGGAUACACACAAAGAGAUCGCUGUGUCACAAGAGGAGAUCAAACAACAGCUCACUGAACAAAAGGAGUUCCAGAAGCUUCUUCACUCAAAGAGGCCCAUGUAUGAGGCUUGUCUGAAGAGUGGCCGCUCACUGCUGGAGAAAGCCCAGAGUCCUGAGGACACACAACACCUGGAGAACAUGGUGUCUGAGCUCAGAGACUCAUGGGACACCAUUGGUGGCAAAUCCAGCGAGAGACAACAUAAGUUAGAAGAGGCGCUGCUGUUUUCAGGCAGGUUCACUGAUGCUCUGCAGGCUCUGAAUGACUGGCUAUACAGAGCUGAGCCACAGCUAGCUGAAGAUGUGCCUGUCUGUGGUGAAAAAGACCUGGUCAACAAUCUCAUUGACAAGCACAAGGUGUUCCAGCGUGAACUCGGGAAGCGUGCCAGCUGUAUCCGCACACUGAAGCGGUCUGUCAGGGAUCUGACACGGAGCAGCACAGCAGAUGCCCACUGGCUGCAGGAGCAAAUGGAAGAGCUGGAGGACCGUUGGGAGGCUGUGUGUAAACUCUCUGUGUCUAAACAGGCUCGACUAGAGGCAGCACUUCAACAGGCGGAAGAGUUUGAUGGAAUGGUUCACUCAUUCCUAGAUCAUCUCGCAGAUGUUGAGAGGGUUCUGAAAUAUGGAGUGCUACCUGAGGAAGAGGUGGCCCUUUUGGCCUUUCGUACACAUCAUCAGGAGUCGCUGAGUUGCUUGAAUGGUCAACAGAUGGCGCUAGAGAACAUUCGUAAACUGGGCAAAGAGAUUCUGUCAUUGUGUCACCCUGACGCGGUCAUCACCAUCAAAUCAUGGAUCAGCAUCACAAAGACUCGCUAUGAAGAGGUCCAGACGUGGGCGAAGCAGCAGGCCGAGAGGAUUCAGAGCAUACUGUCUGCUCUAGUGUCAGAGAAAGAGGAAGUUCAGGAACUACUAGACUGGAUAUCGUCUGCUGAGGAGUCUCUCAGUCUAAAAGAACAGGAACCAUUGCCUGAAGACAUAGAGCUAGCAGCAGAGCUCAUGACUCAACACUCGAUGUUUAUGGAUGUGAUGAAAGGGAAGGUUCCAGAGGUUGAGAACGCCACACAAUCCUGUAAACACAAGGUGAUUCUUAAGCAACAGGUUUCUCCUAGUCGCAAGGCACCAACAAAAAGGAGAGGCACAGUGAAGCCCCAGCCAUCAGUACCUCUUCCUCUGGAGAAGCUGGACCCUCAGACCCCUCUUAUGUGCCAGCUGGUCACUCAUUGGCAGAAACUCUGGCUUCUGGCCCACAGCAGACAGGGCAAGCUGGAAGAACAUCUGCAGAAGCUCAAAGAGUUGGAAGAGUUUGCAAACUUUGACUUCAGCAUCUGGCGGAAAAGGUACAUGCAGUGGAUCAGUCACCUCAAAUCCCGCAUUUUGGAUGUUUUCCGUACCAUUGAUCGAGAUCAGGAUGGUCGUAUUACCCAAAAGGAGUUCAUUAACAAUGUUCUGGCCUCGAAAUUCCCCACCAACUCCCUGGAAAUGACUGCGGUUGCCAACAUAUUUGAUGUUAACGGUGACGGCUUCAUUGACUACUAUGAAUUUGUGAGUGCCCUCCACCCAAGCCGAGAUCCUUACAGAAAGACAUUAGAUGCUGACCAAAUUAAUGAGGAGGUGAGUCGGCAGGUAUCUCAGUGCAACUGUCCAAAGAGAUUUCAAGUAGAGCAAAUUAGUGCAAACCGCUACAGGGUGAGUGGGAAUCAGUUUGGAGACUCUCAGCAGCUGCGAAUGGUUCGUAUUCUACGAAGCACUCUGAUGGUGCGAGUUGGUGGUGGAUGGACGGCGCUAGAUGAGUUUCUGGUGAAGAAUGACCCCUGUAGAGUAAAGGAACGAACAAACCUGAAGAUAAAGGAGAAGUAUCUCUCACCAGGUCCUUUUGAAACAUCGGGCCGCAGAGGAAGUGCUAAAGGUCUGACUGUGAGCAGAUCCAACUCCAGUCUCAGUUUAUACAGCAGUGCCUCAGCUCCCAGCAGCCCCCUCACCCGCAAGGCGCUGUUGCGCAGAAGUUUCUCUGGGGAGAGGUGUAUACGGCCCAGGAGCUCUAUUGCUGCAUUGGGAACGGACAGUUUCUCUGCCGGAGGAUUCGAUGACUCGCCUUCACCUUCAGAAGAUGCUGAGAGAGCGCCCACGUGACUGCCUUCGUUCCCCCACACCAUGAGAGCAACCAAAAUGGGGUUCCUUACUGUACUGAGGCCCAGAUCAAUGGAAAGGCCUCAUAUACAUGUCAGACUUCCAUCAAGACAACACAGCCAUCUUUGUGACCAGAUCUCAUAUUAUUUUUGUGAGCUGUGAGGUCCUGUGUUUGGACCAAUAGUCAAAUAUUAAGCAAGGUCUGUUUCCAAUGAUGAUCCAUUUUGUUUUUACAAAUGGACUUGAUAGUAUUGAGAGAUCACUAGAAUGUCUUGCAUGGGUUUGAACAGCAUGCAGCUUAUGUAGUGCUUUACACAAGAUAUAUGCAAAGAGGUAAUUAUAUUCUUUAAUUUCCCUGUGUAAGGUGUGUUUUAUCUCACUCUGCAUUGUCACAAUAUGAGUAAGGCCACUGCCUUUUUUAUAUUAGUUGAUUCGAGCAACCUUUUCAUAACCAAGUGUUUGAACACUCUUGCAUAUAUCAGUUUCAGAUAAAAGACACCCCACAGCUGAUGAUGCAAACUAGAAAACAAACAGAUCUAGGCCUUCUUAAUGUAGGCUUGAGAAAUAUCUGCUGUCUUCAUGAAGAGCACUGGUUUGAGGGUCCAUGUUUUUGUAAGUUUCGCUGUAAAAUCGGCAUGUUUGUAUCAUCAGAUCCUUUACACUUUUUACAGUAUUUUGGGAAAAUUGACAAAAAUAUUAAUGACUCAUCUGGCAUCACAAAUGCUUUCUACAGUGACAGUUUGCCUCCCUAAAACCAACUUCAUACUAGCAAUAGCGAGUAGUUCAAGGUUCAAGGCUUUGAUGCAAAAUGUCUAGGUUACUGUUGUAACCUCCGUUCCCUGAUGGAGGUAACGAGACUUUGUGUCAAAGAUGUAAGAUGUAUUAAAGGCCCCAUGAAAGCAAUUUCAUGGGGCCUUUAAAGAUUUGGUUAAUGCCAUUUAAUUGUGAGUUUUGACUCAUUUGUUUCCCUGCUUUUACGCCCUAAUGUCAGUACAUUUUAAAUUAGUGUGAUAUCUGGUUUAAAGUCACUUGUUGGGUAUAUUUGUUUAGUUUUUUUUACCUAAAUAAUGUUCUUUUUUAUUUUGAACAGUCAUGUAAUCAGUUCUAAUAACUUCCUGUAAGGAUAUGAAAGUGUAGGUCUCCAUGAGAUUAGCCUGUCAUGCCUUGACAAAUGCUCCUUUUUCAGUGCCAGCAGUGAUUUUAUUUUAUUUAUUUUUUUUUGCUGUAUUUGAUCCAAAUUAAACCACAUUGAUAUGAAAUGCUUUUGUAUUGUGUCCUGCUCAGGGCAUAUUCUGCUGUAUAAAUGUUUUGCUCAAAUCUUUCUUUCUUUUUUUUAGAAUGUAUUGGGUUGAAUUAUUCUUCUAUUGUACAAGUGUUAUUGUUGUAGCAUUUGAUUCAAAUUACAUAUCAAAUAUGUGUCUUUUAAUUGUAUGCAUAUGCAGUUUGAUUCUCUUCAUUUUGGGAGUUGAAAUGGGUUUUGAGGCUUUAGGAUUGCAGCAUUUAAAGAGUGACUUAAGGCUAAAGUAUACUUCGAUUUUGACGUGAAUGCUCAGCGUCUGCGUACAGCCGAACGUGAGUCUGUCAAAUACUCCAUUUGACCGUGUGCACAUACACAGGCGUUUGGUGCAUGCGCGCUAUGACUGCCAAGAUGCUGGACAUUUACUUUUCUUAAGUUUAGACCCAUAAAGACACACUGUCAUUAUGAUUGAUGUAUGCAGUCAUGAAAUCACACAGUCUCCCAUUGAAAUCUGAAUCUGUCAAAUGUCGGACAGCAUUUGUAAUAAUGAUCCAUAUACAGUGUGUGUGCGUGUGUGCGUGUUACUUAAAGAGAGCAAACAUAAAAUACAUACGUACAUACAUACAAAGUCUUAAUUCAUGUCUUUCUAUUUUUCAUAUUUUAUUAUUCACAUAUAUAUAAUUUUUAUAGAAUAAUUUGUUACCCAUUUUUCAUAUUGAUUUUGUCAAAUUAUUUAAUUUUAUAUUGUGUGCUAUUUUUUCUCACAAGUUACAGCUAAAGAGUUUCAAUUUCAAGGUCUUCGAUGUUAUGGGAUGAUUGUGAAAAAGUAAUUGUCCAUUGAAUUUGUAUGGUAUAGUAACACUUGUUGAAUUUGUGCUGGCCAGACAAAGUCAGACUGAGCAUUGAGA